AUGGGAGCGGUCGGUCCUGUGACGGAACCGCGGAAAGCAGGGCUGGCGAAGCGGGGCGGCAAACAUGGAGUGGUGGGGAAGAAGGUGGUGGGUAAGAAGGUGGCGGGUAAGAAGGCGGUGGGUAAGAAGGUGGUGGGGAAGAAGGCUGUGGGGAAGAAGGUGGUGGGGAAGAAGGCUGUGGGGAAGAAGGCUGUGGGGAAGGCAGGACUGAGAAUCAAGGCCGCAAGCAAAACGGCCACCGCCAAGACCCGUGCGGGGGUGGCUGGGAAGCGCCCUCAAGGAGCUGCUAGGCUGGCGAAGCCCGGUGCUGUUCGGUUGGGUCCGCGCCGCCUACCGAAGGCCGGGGCAGUGGGCAAACGACUGGGCGUGAAGAAGUUGGGUGCGAAAAAAGUUGCUGGCAAAGGGACGCGAGUCGUGGCCAAACUCGGGACCAAGGGAGUUAGACCCAAGGAAGUCAGGGCUGGUGCCAAAGUCCGCGGCAAGGGAGCCAAGGGUGCGGAUCGACUGGGAGCCGCCAAGGCCGGCGCCAAGACGGGCCUGGCGAAGCGGCUGAAGAAGGCGGUGUCGCCGAAGCCCGCCCCACCAGUGCUCGAGGCACAGCCGGAACUGGAGUUUUUGGGGCCCGUCCCGAGUAUUGAACUUAAGACAGCGGAAGGCGGCAGCGUGGACCUCGGAUCGCGCCUGCGACUUCUGGGUCUCGAAGACCCGGCUCUGGGACCAGGUUUGGGACCAGGUCUGGGGCCAGGUCUGGGGUCAGGUCUGGGACGUCCUGACCCGUACUCGUUUGCAGACACACUUGCCGGCCAGACGCAGCCCAACACCACGACCAAGACAACGGCCAAGGCAGCGCAACCGCGGUCGGCGCCAGAGUUGGAUGUUGUGGAAAAGUCCGCCCCUCGCCCGUCGACGACGGGCCUUUCGGGUGGUGGGGUGUCCAGUCUGACGUCGGUCGCCGGUUCGACGCCCGGCCAGCCCGAAGAGGCGGUCCCGGCGAAGGCUCGCAAGGCCGAUCGGUUGGCGCAGAUGGUGGCCUCGCGGCAGAGCCGAGAAGGCGACGAGUUCUCUAUGUCCGGAUUCUCGCCGCGGGAAUUCUCGCCCAGACUCCUCGACCCCUUCCAACCGGUAUUAGCGUUGGACUUGGGGAGCGCGGAGGAAACCCGGUUACCGAAUCCCGUGCCCUCGCCGCUGUCGAGUAACACGAGCGACGCGGAUGUGGGGGCCCGAGCACGCGUCGCCAAGGAGUCGCUCCUGACCGGCAGCGCCACGCCCGGUCUAGAGCAGGCGGCAUUCUUGGCCGGGGGCGUGGCCUGGUCGUCUGCUCUCUAA